AUGACGUCUGCUUGGCGACUCAAUCCUUCCAGCGUGCAGUCAUCACGCAGGCAGAAGCGUCUGAUAAUCUCAUGCUCAGAAUGCCACAGACGCAAACAGAAAUGCGAUCGACAGCAUCCGUGUUUUCAUUGCUCACGACGAGGCAAGCCCGGAUCUUGUCUAUAUGAGUAUACUGCGCAAAAGCACGUGGGCGCCGAGACAGUGGCAACUCAGCUCGUGACAGUCCAAGAUCUGCCAACAAACCCUACAUAUCAGUCGCAGUCUGACAGCACGCCCGGCGAAGAGAGAACGUCCGUUACUAUUCAAGAUCUUUCUACACGGUUGGGUUACUCUGAAAAUACUAAAGGAACUCUUGAUAUUGUUUCCAACCUCGGAGUAUUGGGCCAUUACUCGGCCCUCAGCAGUAAAAGCCUACGGAACCACGAUGCGGCAGUUCACUACGUCAAUCUCAUAAGGAAAAUACCACAAAGGGAACACGUUAUCAUUCUCGUGCAGUCAUUCUUUCAAAAUGUGGCAUGGCAGUAUGAUGUUAUCGACGAUUCUAAAUUCUGCGACGAGCUAUCAAAUUGGAAUCACAUCUCCUCCACAGCGUUGAAUCAAGGCCCCGAGAACUUGUCUGUAAACACCCGGGCAUUCCCUGCUUUACUUCUUCAGGUUCUCGCACUCGCAUUACAGUUCCAUCCUGAUCAAAACGAUGAAGCACUAGAGGGCCUCAAGUACGCACCCGAUAUCGACUUCGCCGAUCUAGCCGCCGAUUAUAGCAAUGUGGGCCAUCAAGUCGCGUCUAUGCUUGGGAGCAAAGACAUCUCAUUGGCCAAAGUUCAGGCUGGACUGAUGGAGGCAUUCUUCGAGAAGAGUAUCGGCUCAGUCAUUAAAUCAUGGCACACCCUUGGGAGAGCGAUUCGAGACGCUCAAGAACUUGGCCUGCACAGAAGUAGGGUUUGGGAAACAAGCCCUUGCGCCGAAAACGUCAUGCAGACGCCAGUAUUUCCACUGGAGAGGAAAUUGUGGCUUGUGUUGCAUCUCUGGGACGCACACAUGGCUGUUGUUCUCGCGAGGCCCAUUGCGACUAAAUUAGAUUCGAGCUUCGUGCCAUCAACGAGUCUGAUAGCUACUUCGCCCCCACACGCCUUUAACGACGUGACGUUAUCCCCAUUCGACUUCAUAGUAUGCGGCUAUCAUGCUGCCUACAAGUAUCUGCAGGACAUUCACGACCUUGAGAUUGAGAACAAAGAUGCGCAAGAGACUGUUCAGAAUAUACACAACGCCGUGAUUAACAAUAUUUCCAAACUUCCGGCGUGGGCAACCUCGUCAAGCCCGGCACUCGACGGCAAACACCCUUGGCUUCCUGCUGCUCGUGAGACACUCAUCACUGAGGUCCAUUUUGUCCUCCUGGCAUUGCACCGCCCUUUCAUAUCGACUCUGCCCGUCAGUCGAGCAGAGGCACACAUGGCCGCGCUGAAGAUGCUUGCAUCGCAAAGCAGGCUGUUUGAACAAGCGGAGACCCAACUCUACAAGGGAUUCACUCUGGUCUUUUCUACAUUCGAUGCCAUGGUCCUGGUGGCAGCAACAUACAUUCAAGCCCCGGAUGAUCAUCUUAAUCUUCAGGCAGAAUCGGUGAAACACUUGGAGUGGGGGUUGGCAAGGCUGGAUGCCAUGAGGUCUCGGAACUCCAUGGCAGACUUUGCUUAUAACACCGUAAAGGUGCUUUUCCGGAAAAUGCUGAGCCAAUCUUCCUCUUCAGACCCUUCUACUCUGAGAAUUAACAAGCCGGAAACCCCGUUCAAAGCUGUGGAGACGCUGUCCUGGGAUCAUGAUUCACAGGCCGACCCGGGUCUUCAGCAGAAUCUAGAUGCCACGAUACUGCAAGAACCGCUAUACGACCCAGUCUUUCAGGACAUUUUUGGGGAACUCUUUCCCGUCCAGUGGCAAGGGCUGACCAACCCUGAACCUGGCGAACAUGGAGAGGCAAUGACCGAUAGUCUUUGGCAAUUGAUGGACGAGCUCACGUAG